AUGGCUUGCCUUGAUUUUGAUGCUUCGAAAGUGCUAAAGAAGAUGGUCUCAAUGCGCAACGGGGCAAGGUAUCUGGACUUUGUUAUAAAGGAAAGGCGUAAGUAUAUUGAAUGGGUUGACAAGCAUGCAUUUGCAAGGAGAGUGCAAAGGCUAGAAUUGGACCUGUUUCCAGAUGAUAGCCCGCCUUCUUCUCCAGAAUCAUAUACUUUUUAUCAUGAAUUUCUUCGCUGUAGCAGUGGCAAAUCUCAACCUGGUUACCCUGAAAUCCAUCAUCAUGCACAGAUUGGCUUCAAGUCCCUUAGAGCAUUGAGUUUGAAAAGUUUGAAUGUAACUGUGGAGGUACUAGAAUUUUUCUUUAUCGACUGUCCAUUUCUUGAGCGCCUGGUAGUGGGGGGCUCUUCAGUUUUGAUCAACCUUCGAGUUUGUGGUCCAUCUAUUGCCUUGAAAUAUCUGGAGGUAUGCAGCUGUUUGAGGUUACAAUCCAUUAUUGUCAGCGACACAAAUUUAGUCUCCCUUAAAACUACUGCAGCACAUCAUCUUUUACUUCACAAUGUCCCCAUGCUUGUGAAUGUAUGCUGCACCCCGUUUAGGAAGAAAUCCCCAACUGGUCGGCACAGCUCACCAAACCAGAAAUCACCUCUUCAUAUGGGUUUCUUGGUUAGGGAUGUUAUUUCUUGGCUUUUUUGCUGCUUGUCACAACUAGAGAUUCUUACUUUACGUGCCAAAGAGCUUCAAGUUUCACAGGAAAACGGAAUUGUUCAUGAGCUUCCUCAACUUACCAAUCUGAAAGAGUUCGUCUUAAUAGCUUUUGCAUCAAAAGAUGACAGUUUGAUUGGAUUUACUUCUUUGAUCAGGCCUUCGCCCAGCUUGGAGAAGUUUGUGCUGAAGUUGGAAUCAUGGUGGAAUGAUAUGGUUAGGGGAGAUAGAAAGUUGAAGAAAGCUGCCAGCUUUCCGCUCCAACAUCUGAAAGAGGUCGAGUUACUUGGAUACUAUGGUCGCAGAAGUGAACUAAAACUUGUUGAAUACUUUCUCGACAAUGCUAUUGUCGUCGAGAAACUUACAAUUGACCCUCGUGAUCCACGUAAAGUCAAUUCGCCCAAAACGCGCAGGGAAAAGAAGCAGGAAAAGUUAGCUAGAUUUUGUGCCAAGCAACAGCUCGAGGGAUUAAUACCUUCACAUGUUGAAUUUUCGAUUCUAUAG